CCGACCUGACCCGGCAGUUCGGUCUUCUUCUACUCCCCGUCCGCCCCACGAGGAGACGAUUACGAAGCGUGCCCAACUCCAUCUGCUUUCCUCCCCCUCCCCGUCUCCCUCCGACCCCCGGCCGAAACCCUAGCGAGCGAGAGGCGCGAUGUUCGGCUACCGGAAGGCGCCGGACCUCGACCUCGAGGCGGGCGGCUCCGCGGCGCUCUACCCGGGGAUGACGGAGGACGUGGAGCUGCGCUGGGCCUUCAUCCGCAAGAUCUACGUCAUCCUCUCCGUGCAGCUCGCCAUGACCGCCGCCGUCGCGGGCUUCGUCGUCAAGGUCCCCGCCGUCUCGGAGUUCUUCGUCUCCUCCAACGCCGGCCUCGGCCUCUACAUCUUCCUCCUCGUCCUGCCCCUCGUCGUGCUGUGCCCGCUGCGUUACUACCACCAGAAGCACCCCGUCAACCUCAUCCUGCUCGGCAUCUUCACCGUCUCCAUCAGCUUCGCCGUCGGCAUGACAUGCGCCUUCACCAGCGGAAAAAUCAUCUUGGAAGCUGCAAUUCUCACAGCAGUGGUGGUGAUCAGCUUGACUGCCUACACUUUCUGGGCUGCAAAGAGAGGCCAUGACUUCAACUUCCUGGGCCCCUUCCUGUUUGGAGCUCUUAUGGUGCUGAUGGUGUUCUCACUUAUCCAGAUCUUUUUCCCACUGGGCAAGAUCUCCACCAUGAUAUAUGGGGCCGUGGCGUCGAUCAUCUUCUGUGGCUACAUCAUCUUUGACACGGACAACAUCAUCAAGCGCCACACGUACGACGAGUACAUCUGGGCUGCCGUGUCCCUCUACCUCGACAUCAUCAACCUGUUCCUGAAUCUGAUGCAAAUUCUGCGGGCAGCCGAUAGCUGAGCGCACCUGAGCCCUGCUCGCCUUGAUUUAAGCCCACUAGCUUGUGCAUAUCAGAAAAUUCAUGAAUGCCCGCGGAUACCUGUAGGCAUGUACAAUCGUUAUCAGUAAAUUCUGCCGUCCUAGACUCCAUGACAUGUCUUGUUUCCUAGCUUCCUGGAGUAUGCAAUGUGUGAUUGAACUAAGCUGCACGAUGAAAAUAUAUUCGCUGGUGCUUUGUGACUGCAA